AUGCUCUUCUUUUUCUUCUUCGUAUUUGCUGCGUUGGGCCCCGUCAUUGUUUUUGGCGCCCAGAAACAGCUAGGGCAAGACGCUUUGAAUGAUAUUCUUGCUCGUGGUGCCCCAAUUCUUGGAAUCGACAAUGGAUGCUCUCGUACGAGCAAGACUUGCGAUUGGAUGCGAAACGUGCCAGACCACACAAAGUUGGUCCAUAUGAACCUUCCUGGCACGCAUGAUUCGGCCACCUGGAACUACUCUCAGGCCACCCAAGACUCUCUUAUCCGAUACACAGGACCCAAUGUUCCCCCGGCCGUGGUAUUCCGAUGUCAAAAUCAGUCUCUGCUCGAUUCUCUCAAUGCCGGAAUCCGUGUCUUCGACCUGCGCUUCGCAUACAACCCAGGAAUGCAACGAUACCCUCGGUUUUCAUCAUGGGCAUUACUAGCACCGACAGCAACAGUGGACGAUGUGUGGUUUGGCUUGUACAACUGGCUAGACAAACAUCCGACGGAAGCAGUGCUCAUCUCCCUGAACUACGAAUCGGGCACUGGCAUGUCCCGCGACCUCAAGCUCGAGCAGCUCAUCUAUAACUUGAUGACGAGCAACCUAGCCUCUCGAUACUGGGUCCAGGCCAACGGCACUCUUGGGACUCUGGGAGAGGCACGGGGCAAACUGACCUUCCUCCAACGCUACAACUAUCAAUUCCUCCCUAACACCGAGUCCAAACAGUUCGGAAUCCACUUAGCGCCGGAGCAAUGGACAGACAACAGUCCUUCGAUUGAGAUCGUCUACAACAACGCGGCCCACCAAUCCGCAUUCAUCGAGGACUACUACGAGAUAGGCCUGCCGAACGGGGCUGGCGUCGCUGAAAACGUCCAAUGGAAGUUGAACGCAACCAUCGCCCAUCUCGAGAAUGCAACGACGCUUCAUCCCGACCAACUCUACAUCACAUUUGCUAGCUCGGAGCACAAUGACGAUGUCCCACCCGAAAACCCCAUCGUCAUGGCAUUGGGCGAUGGGUCAGUGCCCGGGGUUAACCAGAAACUUCUCCCGUGGUUACAACAACACAGGGGCAAGCGAUUCGGCGUCAUCAUGCUCGACUUCUUUGGCGCAGUUCCUGGGCUGGUGGAAGCAGUUAUUGGGGUGUAA